UGAGAUCUGUCACCGGAAAAUAAAGCAGCAGCAGGCCCAAUAAUAAUAUAAGUUUGUUCGACAUAGCAUUUUACAUGGAUAAUUUGUCCACAAACCUUAUGAAGGAAACCAGUUGGAUGAGAAGCGGAGAGGAGGAAGAUAAGGGGGAGGAGGGUGAUGAAGAAGAAAAAGAUGUGGAAAAAGAUAAAAAGGUCUACUAUUAUGCUGGGCAGGAGAUCAUCAUCGAAGGGGCUCUGGACUCCUGUGCAGACAUGACAUGGCCAGCUUCAGCCCUCUGUCACUACCUUGACACUCAUCGUGAACAGCUGAAUCUUGUGGACAAAGCGGUCCUGGAGAUUGGAGCAGGAACAGGCCUUGUGUCUGUUGUAGCAGCACUCCUCGGGGCUUGGGUGACAGCUACAGACCUUCCAGAAGUCCUGAACAACCUGAGAGUCAACCUGAGCAGGAACACUAGGGGGCGCUGCAGACAUACACCACAGGUGGCACCUCUGUCCUGGGACUACAACCUGGAUUGCACCUACCCUACAUCCAUCUAUCAGUACGACUAUGUGCUGGCAAGUGACGUGGUCUACCAUCACAACUCCUUAGACGAGCUCCUGGCCACCAUGAAGCAUUUCUGCAAACCAGGAACGACUGUGAUCUGGGCCAGCAAGGCCAGGCUUGAGUCUGAUCUGACUUUCACUGAGAGGUUUAAAAAGGCCUUUCACACAAGUUUGCUGUCUGAUGAUGGAGACGUAAAGAUUUUCAUGGCAAUUUGUAGAGAAGAUCUAUUGAGAGAGAGUGAGGGUGCUAAAGACAAGAAA